CGUACUUCUCAGACACCUGAUACUUAAAACCCAAACUUUUAAUUUUUAUAUUUAUAUUAUUUGAGGGGUUGGUUCAAUAUUCGAGAAUCAUCGACGAUACCUUGUCUUCCCCUCCAAAUUCAAAUUUUAUUUCGCAUUUUUUUUCUAUCUCAUCUACAGUUUGCAGAAAUUAAUCAGGGGAGAAAGAAAUUCAUCGAUAGUAAAAUGCAGAAGCCUACGCCUUCAAUGAUGCCUGUUAUGCCUUCGUUUCCUCCGGCUAACAUCACCACUGAGCAGAUUCAAAAGUAUCUUGACGAGAAUAAAAAGCUAAUCCUGGCUAUAUUGGAUAACCAAAACCUUGGGAAGCUUGCUGAGUGUGCUCAAUAUCAAGCACAGCUUCAGAAAAACUUGAUGUAUCUGGCUGCAAUUGCUGAUGCUCAACCUCAGAUGGCAACAGUACCUGCCCAAGUGGCCCCGCAUCCUGCCAUGCAACAAGGAGCAUAUUACAUGCAACAGCAAGCUGCUGCAAUGGCUCAACAGCAAGGUUUCACUCCUAGGAUGCCUGCUCAGUUCACUAAUCCACUUCAGAUGCAGGAGCAACAACAUCAGCAACAAUCUCAGGUACAUCAGCAGCAGCAGCAGCAGGCCAUGGCUGGGCAAAUGAACUUUAGACCUGCUGGACCUAGUGACGGGGUGCAUCCCAUGCAAACUGAAGCAAUGCAUGGAGGUGGUGGUGGUGGUGGGCCACUUGCAUCGGCCAGUCCUAGUGAGACACGUGGGGGAAACAAGCAAGAUGGCCCUGAGGCAGGGUCUACAGGUGACGGAACAGGAAAUUCCACUGCAGGUGCAGGGCGCAGUAUUGAAGGAGAACCGUCUUACCUAAAAGGGUCAGAAGAAGGAAAGUGACAUGCCUUUUCAUUUAUAGGCAUAUGAAUGUUGAUAAGUAGGAAUAUGUGUUUUUCUAAUACAGGAAGAAGGUAGUGGUGGUGGUCUGGCCUCAUCUUUGGUAAGCUUAAAAUAGGAAGUGUAAUUUUCGUGUUUGUUUCUUAAUUUAGCUUAAGUUAGUGGAAGUUGUAGGGUUCCUGUUAUGUUGCUAUGUCCUAACAUGUUGGCAAAAAUCAAGUCCAGCAUCCAAUUAUGAUUCUAGACCAUCUUUAUCUAUGGAAAAGAUUGAUGUUUGAUCUUUCCUCUUGGCUA